UAUGCUGUGUCUCUGUGUCGUAUGUCUUUCGUGACCAAUGGUCACUGACCACUCUUACGGUGACGUGUAUGUAUUUUAGUUGGAACUUGGGCUGCGUGUUGUAGGGGCGUGAGGUUCGUUGUGACUGGUUGUGACCGAUCCGAAAAAGGUGGAGUUCCUGUCAGCGUCUUCGAUAGUUGAUGUCCGAGUAAGCUGUUUGACGUGGCGUUGAGAUUUGCCAGGGAGCUGUGUUGCAAGUGCUACACGUUUAUACCAUUGUUUGAUCGGAUAUUAGCGUAAACAUGGGUUUAACGCUUUCCAGUGUUUUAUCCCGACUGUUCGGGAAGAAGCAGAUGAGAAUUUUGAUGGUUGGUUUAGAUGCUGCUGGCAAAACUACUAUUCUAUACAAAUUGAAACUGGGUGAAAUCGUGACCACCAUUCCAACAAUAGGUUUUAAUGUUGAAACUGUUGAAUAUAAGAACAUUUGUUUCACUGUAUGGGAUGUUGGUGGCCAAGAUAAAAUAAGACCAUUGUGGCGACAUUACUUCCAGAAUACUCAGGGAUUAAUAUUUGUUGUUGAUUCCAAUGACAGAGAAAGAAUCUCUGAAGCUGAGAAGGAACUUCAAAACAUGUUACAAGAAGAUGAACUAAGAGAUGCUGCAUUACUGGUUUUUGCAAACAAGCAAGAUCUUCCAAAUGCUAUGAGUGCUGCAGAACUUACCGAUAAGUUGGGAUUGAAUCACCUUCGUAAUAGACAUUGGUACAUUCAAGCUACCUGUGCUACUCAAGGAGAUGGUUUAUAUGAAGGUCUGGACUGGCUUUCAAAUGAAUUGGCGAAGAAGUGAGGUGCUACAGUAAACAUUACUCUCAUAUUCACUUCAUAAGUUCUGUAAAGUACUGUGCUAAACGUUGAAGAAUGGAUAGUAUGCAAGUGUAUGUGCUCGUAAGUGUUCAGUGGUAACUGCUCAAUAUGUCAAGAGCCUUGUUUACGCAGAAAUACUAUCUGAAAGUAUUGUCCAUGAAAUGGGGUUGUGGGCUUUUGAAAAAGAAGAAUAUUACAGUAAAUUGCAAUUGAAUUUUUGUUUUGUUUUGUUGGUUGUAUGUAUUUUUGUGAAAUAGGCACUUCUAUCACAUUCCCAUCCCAUAUAUUAUUAAAUACAAGGUUAGUGUAGAUGUUUGAUAUUUGUGUGUAUUUCUCAGUUUCAUUGCUUUGUGUGCUGGCUCUAAGAUAAAUAAAAUAGAAGUAUAAAUUAUCUGAUGUUACACCCUUCGGGAAGUAGAGUAUGCUCAGCAUACUUUUGAUGCAACUCGCACACACAAGGUGAUUGGGUUACAACUUUGUGUAUGUUCAAACAUUUUACUGAAUCAAGAGGAUUUUCAUGUAUUGUUUCAAUCAAUGUUUAGGAUUUUUUGAGUACAAAACAGACAUGUUUAAUAUCAUAUUAGAUGACAAUGCAAAGCUUGACUCCUCUUUUCCUCCUGCAUUGUUAUUUUAUUGUUUGUUAUUUUAAAUAUUUUUUGGGGAAAUCAACUUGUACUGGUUUACCUGCUCUUGUACUUACAAAUAAGUGAUGAAAGAUGCAGUCCUUGUGUUCUAUUCAAAACCAAGAAACCUCAGAAACUGUAUAUAGUGGACGAUUUGUACUUCCUUUGGCAAUCGCUUAUCUUAUCAGGUUUUUGUUUUUGUUUUUUUCUAGAGUAUACUUUACUUUCUGAACAAUUGUAAUUUCUUAAAGACAUUAAUAUUGCAUUGAUGUGCCUGUUUAUUUUAUACAUUUGGAAUUUUAAACAAAGUCAGACAUUUGAAAAGAUGUAUCCAUAACAGUGCAAUAUAUUAAGAAUAUUUAUAACUCUUUUUAGAUAUUACUUUCUUGAAUAUUGUUUUUAUCAAAGUAAAUGGAGAGAUGGAAAGUCAACUGGUUAAGUAUUAAUUUACGAAAAUGGUAAGAGGUUUGAAAAUUCUUUAUUUUGAAUGAAUGUAUGUUUUGGUGGCCUAAUGCAUUGUGAUACUUAAAUGGAACAUAUACAUUUGGAAGUGAAUAUGUGAAGCUUACUGAGGAACGUUUCAUUGCAAUCAUAUGGAGCAGAUAUUCAGAAUUGUAUGUGGAUGUAAGUUGAUUAAAGUGUAAUAUGUGUAAGAGAUGCGCCAAUGCAGAAAAUGUGAAUUAUUUGUUACCUUACAUUUGUUCAAAUUGGAAACAAAGCUUAAAUAUGUAUAAAGAUUCAUCUGCAGUAAACAGUGA